UGCCUCUUUAAUGGCUUCUCCUUUCCUGCCAUUUUGAAUGUAGCUCUAGGAUCCAAGGUUGGAACUGGGUGCUGAAUUAGUCCUAGUUUCACACCUUGAGUAUGACGUCCAAACUAAAGAAUGGUUUGCGUUCCAUUAUACCCAUCCAUUUGCAAGGUGAAUCCGCCCCCAGUUUUUGUAUGUUCUCUAGUGUCAAGUCUUCAGGAUGUAGUCCAGGAAACGCACCGGUUUAUAUUAAUGUUUAUGACUUGACUCCCAUUAAUGGAUACUUCUACUGGGCUGGAGUUGGCGUCUUUCAUACUGGGAUUGAAGUGUAUGGUGUUGAAUAUGCAUUUGGGGCACAUGAAUAUCCAACAAGCGGUGUAUUUGAGGUUGAACCAAGACAGUGCCCUGGCUUUAAGUUUAGGAGGUCAAUUCGGAUAGGAACCACUUUUUUGGACCCAAUCCAAGUUAGAGAGUUCAUGGAGCACCAAUCUGCAAAUUACCUUGGUGAUUCGUAUCAUCUCAUCAGUAGGAACUGUAACCAUUUCUGUCAGGAUAUAUGCUACAAAUUGACAGGGAACAACAUUCCAAAAUGGGUGAAUCGGCUAGCCAGAAUAGGGUCAUUAUGCAACUGCAUACUGCCAGAAUCCCUUAAAGCAUCGGCUGUGCAGCAGAAGAGUGGGAAUUUUAAGGGCAGUGACAAUGAGAAGAGGAAACUCAGAAGCUCGUUUGGCUGCUUGUCAUCAAUCUCAAUGCGUAAAAGGGAUAAAGAAGUGCCAUUGUUCUUGCACUCACACUGUUUGCCACCCUGGGGAUUAAAAGCUUCUAGAAGCGGUUCCUUUAGGGAAUCUUGACAAGACAUUUCUGCAUUCUCUCCAGAUCUAAUAUACCAAACUCGUCAGCUGAAGCAGCAGUUUCUGAUGGAAGACCAAUAUAUCUCUCUUCAGAUUUUAGAUUUGUUAUUUUUAUUUUACUUUUGGUAGUUACCCUCCAGAUUUACACCUCAUUUUGCCUGCUCAAUUUUAUGAGUCACUUGGUGCUUGUUUUUUUGCAAUUUGUUAACUAUAGGAAAGAUGAAUGUAUCUCCUGGAGAAAUAUCCUAUUUCUUCAACCUUGCUGUACUUGUUAAAGUUUCCAGAGGACUGGACUAAAGUAACCCCAUGAACUACCCAUGUUAAUAUCUAAAGAGUUGGCAGAGUUGAUGACUUUGAUAUAAUGAAAUUACCUGUUCAAUGACUUCAAU